AUGGUGAGGGAUGACCUAUAUGGAGAUGGUAGGGUGCACCAAAAUCGAUUUCAAGGGUUUGGAUUAUGUGUAAUGUUGUUUAGUUCCCACCGAAAGAGAGACAUCAGAAGAAGUGUUCAUUUGGUUGAAUUAUGUGAAACUGGAGAGUUCUUUGUGAUGAAAGCAAUGAAUAAAAGUGUAAUGCUCAAACGUAACAAGAUCCUCUCCGGCGUAGAAGCACACUCUCAGAGCAGGUGGUCGGAGAUGAUGUCGCAUCAUUUGGCUCCAUCCCAUACUUGA